CUCUCACGUCUCAGUUCCAAAUUUUCACCGCGUGAAAUUACCUCGAGAGCAAGAUUUUUGAAGAGGCAAUACCUCGUACGAAGUUCCACGAAAUUGAGAUCCAGUACGACGAAGUAAGGAAAGAUGUAUCUUGCAGCAAUUUGUUUGCUGGCUCUAGGAUGUGCGGGAAUCGUCAUGCCGCAACAAAUUGGGAAUAGCGACAUUAGACAGGCGCCACAGAUGUCACAGCCAUCACAAGCAACACGACCGUCACAGUCAUAUGUGACACCAUCACCACGAGGGACACAAUCACAAACGGCACAACAACAAUUGCCACAAGUGCCACAAGUGCCAGCGGGAUAUAAUGCGGUACAGCCGAUACAACCGACACAACCAUCGCAGUAUGUGCCUCCGUCGUAUGUGCCAUCCGCAAACUAUUAUGGGCAAAGCAACGUUACUCAACAUCCACUUCACUAUCCGAUCUACCCGCAGUAUUCGAACAAUUUACCCGUUGCGGAACCAAAAAAUAAUUUGCGGGUGAGCUCUCGUAUGGAAACCGCUCUCGUUUAUGGCAAAUAUACAAUGAUAGCGUCCGGGGUAAUCCUCUCCAUCACGGCCACAUUUUUCUACGUUUGCUCGUAUACGGAGUACUGCAAUUUUUUUUCAUCAGAAAGUAGCAAGCAAAAAAGAUCCGCCCGGUACAAACGUGUGACGUCGGAUUACUUGGAUGACAUCACCUCUAUGGUCUUGGAAGCGAUAGUCAAGUACAACAACCAGAAUAAUAUUGAGUAGAAUGAAUAAUGCAAAAAUUUUUUGAUACUAUUUAUAUAUUUUUUUAUGUAUUUUGAAGUUUUUUUUAUUACAUUUCUCAUCUUCAACAUCUUAACAAUUUAUUCAUGAUUAUUUUAUACUUUUUUAUAUAAUGUGUCUAUUUUUGUAUUUGGUCUUUUUGUGUAUUGCGAAUAAGUUUUACGUGUCGUCGGGCAAUGAUCUUCGUGUAAAGAUGAACUGUACACAAAACAUUUCAAUAUAAAUGAUAAAGCAAUUCUUGUCGAUUUACAUUUUUAUACGACGGCGUCACCACAGAAUAUUUCCCUGUUGUUUCCAUACAUCCUGCACUCGCUGAUGUUUACCAACCAAAGUAUGAUAUCAUUUGGUUAUCGCGAUUUUUCAUUUGCUUUAAAAUCACCGCAGUGCGGUUAAUUGUUUCCCACACAUUCACCUGAAAGUAAUCUAUCACGCUUGAUUAUGCUAUCAGA